CGGCAGCUCCGUUGACGACCUCUUUUAUUCGACACUACCGCAGUCAACCGCAGUCUUCAUGUGACAUCUUGGGGACCUCGCUCGAUCUCAGGAGCGACUCAACGUCCUUCAUCUCUUGCUGAGAACUCGAGUGCUUGCCUAAUCAAACCCCGCCCGACAGCUGCCCCAUCCCUUGCCUCGGUGAUCGGAUCUUUUGAGCCGCGAUCCGCCAUGUCAGAUCGCGCAAGCGGGAAUAGACCCUCGCGCGAGCCUCUACUUCGAGCACAAACGAAUCUCCAUGCUAUGCCUGUACCUCGUCCUUCACUCGCACCACGGAGUCUCACAGCCGAUGCCAAGAAGCGACCGACGCGGAUCAUCCGAACAUUUGAAGAGGUCGCUGUCGAGGUGGAGAAAACGGUCAUGGCUGAAUCAUGGUACGAAGAACUAGAAUGUGGAAUUUGUUCGAGUAUCCUCGGAGCACCUCAUGCUCUUGUCCCUUGUGGUCAUUCGUUUUGUGGAGCAUGUGCGUGGCAGUGGAUCAAGGUCAAUCAGAAUCUCACUUGUCCACAUUGUCGGGUGGAAGUUUUUGAAGGGACUCCAAUCGUCCCCAAUAUCAUGGUCGAUCAAAUUAUCGAGCGGAAGUUACGAUCUCUACCUGAGGGAGAGCAAAAAACAGAGCUACUAGCUGAACGGAAAGAAAAGGCAGACGCAUGGAAAGCGAUCCAGCGGGAACAACCUCCUGCAAAACCUGCUAGGCGACCCAGAGGGUUCGGAGUAGAAGAUAUCAUUGGAUUCUUUGACGCUCCGGAGAAUAGUCGACGGCUCGCUGCGCGUCAUAUUCCGGAACUGGGGGCGCAGAUACCUGGACAAAGACGAGCCGCUCAGCUGCAGUAUGGAGGGAUGAACCUUGGUGAGAUCCGACGAGCUGAGGCAGAAGAAGAUGCCAUGGUCAGACGGAUGGAAAUUAGGCGCUUGAGAGAGGCAAUGCUUCAAGCUCAAGAUGUUGGCGUUUUGACCGAAGAGCCGACGGAGAUCGAUUCCACCGCACAAGAGAGAGAGCAGGGAACGCCUCGGAGAUGGCAUAGACUGGCAAGUCGAGCUCCACCAACACCUUUUGUGCCCGAUCCCGUUCGACGCUCCGGUAUUUCCUCUACAGCACCAUCUGAUUCACCGACCCUCCACGGCCGACCUACUCCCGUGAGAUCUUCAGUGUUCGCCGCACGACAAGCUAGAGCGAGGGGUAGUCAGACCAGAGAAUCGACAACGAUUGGCCUAGUCAGCGACGAAGAUUGACAUCACGUUGUAGAUGUAUGUUCCCUAACGAUCUGAGAUGAUAGGAUCCUGCUACGGUAUGACA